AUGGAGGACGGAGGCCAAGGAUUCCUGCAGGACCCACCGAGACUGGGCAACCAGUACAUCGAAGACACCCCUUUGCGUGAGGUGCUCCAGCGUCUGCUGCCCGAAGACGUGCUUCAGUCCAUCGAACCCGACCUCCAGCGCUUUGGCUGGCGUGUAGUCGAGGAGUGCACCCUGCACGGAAAGAACAUCAAGCAACAGCCGCCCGUGCUAGUGCAGUACAACGCCUGGGGUCGGCGCAUCGACCAGAUUCGAAUCGGCGAGGGCUGGAAGAGGCUCAACGAUGUCUCUGCCGAGGAGGGCCUCAUCGCCAUCGGCUACGAGAGGAAGCAGAAGGAGUACAGCCGUGUCUACCAAUUCGCCAAGAUGCACCUGUUUGGACCGUACUCGGCGGUCUACACGUGUCCUCUGUCGAUGACCGACGGUGCCACGCGCCUGUGCGAGAUCAUGAAGCCGCGCGUGGGCGACGACAGCGGGACGCCCUAUUCCAUCCACGACCUGUUCGACCACUACACGUCGAAGGACCCGGCCAAGUUCUGGACGUCGGGUCAGUGGAUGACCGAAAAGCCCGGCGGCAGCGACGUGGGCAAUACCGAAACCAUCGCCAGGCCCGUUCCCGGUGACAAGCUCAUGUACCGCCUGCACGGCAUCAAGUUCUUCACUUCGGCCACGUUGUCGGAGACGGCGUUCGCGCUGGCUCGUGUGAUCGAUGACAAGACUGGCCCGACGGGGGUGGCCGGCAGCCGGGGCCUGUCCCUAUUCUACAUCCAGCUCAGGGACGACGAGGGCAACCUCAAGAACAUCAAGAUUCGGCGCCUCAAGGAGAAGCUCGGCACGAAGAGCCUGCCCACCGCCGAGCUGGAGCUCUGCGGCACGCCGGCACGGCUCGUCGGCCAAGUGGGUCGGGGUGUGGCCACCAUCGCCACACUCUUCAACAUCACUCGCAUCUACUCUGCUUCGGCUUCUGUUGCCUCGAUGCGGAAGGCGAUCGCUGUGGCAAGGGACUAUGCCCACAGGAGGCACGCCUUCGGGAAGGCCAUCGCCGAGCUGCCGCUCCACGUCCAGACUCUCGCGCAGCAGGAGGUCGCCUACAGGGGCUGCCUGCAGCUUCUCUUCCACACGGGCAAAAUGGAGACGGGCCGCGCCACCAAGGGCGAGAACGAUCUGCUGCGCGUGCUCACCACCCUCGGCAAGCUGUACACCGCGAAGCUGUCGCUGGCCACCAUUUCGGAAUGCAUCGAGGCCCUCGGCGGCAAUGGCUACAUGGAGGACGCCACCGACCUGCCCGAACUCCUACGCGAACAGCAGGUGAACACGAUCUGGGAGGGCACCACCAACGUGCUGUCGAUGGACAUUCUUCGCAUCCUCGACCGGGAGCCCAACGCCUUUGUCGAGUACCGCAACCACAUCAAUCGCGUGGUGGCGCUGCCUUCCCUCUCGGCGCCGCUGAAGGACUGCGCCGAUCAGGUGCGUCAGGCGGUUAAGGCCCUCACCGACAUCGUGGAGGCCAUCACGCACGACAUGGACACCGACAAGCGCCACGUCUUCUCGCAGUCGAUCGCCCGCGACGUGUCGUACGCGAUGGCGGCCGCCUUCAUCGCCGCGCUGUUGAUCGAGCACGCCGCGUGGCCGGGCGGCGGCGAGGCCGGCCUGACCGGCGCCGAGGACGGCGUGCGCACGUUCGCCGCCCAGCAGUGGUGCGCCAGGCACCUUGCCGGCCACGUCCUCGCUCUCAACGACGCGCUCAACCUCGCCAAGCUCAACCGCAAGAAGGCGAGCUACGAGGCGACGAGGAAGCUGGGGCUGGACGUGGAUCCCAACGGCAACUUCCGGGGCAUGGGCGACCUGUGCCCCGUCACGGGCAAGUACCGCGCCAGCUACUGA